AUGGGGGCAAGGGAAACCCUCCACAGCUACGCUAACCAGUAUUGGGAGCUGUACAACGAGAUUGGCGGAGAAGUUACCCACGCGGCACCUAGAGGUACUCAGAUAUUCAGCAAAAGGGAGGUACUAGUUGUGGCAUCGACGGAAAGCUACGUGGGUGAACGAACCCCCGAGAAGAAAUUGAAGUACACUCGGGAGCCCAUUGCCUUCAAUAAUGAUGACCUGGAAGGCACGAUUCAACCAUAUGAUGAUGUCUUGGUAGUUGCAGCCCGAAUAAAUGGUUUCAUAGUAAAGAGAGUGUUGAUUGAUCAGGGGAGCGGCGUCGAGGUGAUGUAUCCUGAUCCAUUCAAAGGGCUCGGCCUAAAGAGUGAAGAUCUCUCUAGGUAUGAUACACCUCUAAUGGGAUUUGACGGUCGUAUGGUGAUCCCGGAAGGGAAAAUCACGUUUCUUGUGAAUAUGAAAGGUAAGAAGGUAAUGGUGACAUUCAUAAUGGUCACUUCUUUCUCUCUGUACACUGCGAUCUUGGGAAGGCCGUGGAUUCACGCAAUGAGGGCUGUACCAUCCACCUUGCAUGUAAAGGUCAAGUUCCGCAUCGAGCAGGGAAUCGCCGUAGUAAGGGGCAAUCAGAGCUUUCUGAUUGGAGCAAGUGUGAAGGACGAAAAGAGGGUAGAGAUAUUGUUAUUUCUUAUGCAGAACGUAGACGUGUUCGCUUGGAGCUCGAAUGAGGUGCCCGGGGUGGACCUCGAGUUUAUAGUUCACAAGGUCAACGUAGAUCCCUUGCAUCCUCCCAAGAAGCAAAAGCCGAAAAGGUCGGCUAAGGAGCAUGCCGAUGCUAUUAGGCAGGAGUUCAAGAGACUAAAGGAGGUUGGGGCAAUAAAGGAGAUAUUUUUUCCGGAAUGGCUUGCAAAUACUGUGGUGGGUUAUCACCAGAUUUCCCUAGCUACCGAGGACCAGGAGAAGACAUCAUUUAUAACCCCUGAUGCUAACUACCACUAUACGGUGAUGUUGUUUGGUUUGAAGAAUGCCGGGGCCAUGUAUCAGCGAAUGAUGACGAGAAUGUUUCGGGACAAGAUAGGGCAUACAAUUGAGGUGUACAUUGAUGACAUGGUGGUGAAAAGCAUACAAUUGAGGUGUACAUUGAUGACAUGGUGGUGA